AUGCUGGCGGUGAUAACAGCACAGCAUGCCGUGCGCACCAAUGACACGAGCAGAGUCAACCUUAAAUCAUGGGUGGCACCCUUAGUUGCCGCCCGUGACGUGGCAUCCUUCAAAGACCCUCGCCUCGAAGGACCUGCUGACGUCAUCCUCCGCCUCGCUGAGCUGGCGCUGAGCUGUACAGCCAUGCCGACCGCAUCGCGCCCCGAUAUGAUGCGGAUAAUUGGAGAUCUCAAGGCGAUACGCGCCGAGCUGACAGGUGGCGAUGUGGACGAGCGAGCGGUCAGGAUUGACUCUGAGCUGGCGAUUGGUGUGGGGGAAACGUUGGAGGAGCAGAUUCUGAGGGUGGAGAGCAUGAGGGAUGAUGAUAGGGGAGGGGUUGUGGGAGAUACACCGGAUGUCGAUGCUCCGAAUCUUUCUAUUUUCGUUCGAUCGCAGCCAGUCGAUCCGUCGCAAAUCCCCGUGCUGCUGGACUGUCAAGCUCUCUGGCUCCGCAACUUCACGGGAUGGACCACGGGGGAGGACUGCGCCACUGCGGAGGGGCUGCAGUGUGAUAGUAACGGGAUGAUCGUGAAAAUGUCAAUGGAGAUGUCGUCCCUUUCAGGGGUGCUGCCUUCGUCUAUCGGCAACCUCACGCUUCUGACACACCUCAACUUCUUUCAGAACAAUCUCGACAGUGACAUUCCCACCACCUUUGGCGCCCUCACCAACUUGCAGCACCUCAAUCUGGGCAUCAACAUGCUCACAGGCCCGCUCCCUCGCUUCCUCGACACUCUCUCACUCCUCACCUUCUUGAAUUUUGGUGACAAUCAGCUCACGGGGACGCUGUCGGCUGGUCUGGGGAACCUCCAGCAACUGCAGUUCCUAGACCUGUCCAAGAACAACGUGUCUGAUUCCCUACCGUCAACACUGGGAUCGCUCUCAGCUCUCACAUGGCUUGAUCUUCAAUACAACGCCUUGGAGAACAGCAUUCCCAGUUCCAUCACCAACCUCACCGCCCUCACCUACCUCAACCUUGCGAGCAACAAACUCAAUGGCUCUGUCCCCAUAUUUGAUGGCUUCCCUGCACUCACCUACCUCGGCCUGGGAGGAAACAACCUGCAAGGAACCUUCCCUGUCACGGGCAACCAGGCUCUUCCCCUCAAGACACUCGACCUCCGGAGCAACAUGCUUGCAGGCAGCAUCCCUCGCUCCAUCUCCUCCCUCUCUGCUCUCGAGCAUCUUCUGCUGUCCGAAAAUCGCUUCAAUGGAUUCAUACCCGACUCAAUCAUGAACCUAGUCAGCCUUGAGUACCUGGGACUAGGCGUCAACCGUCUGCAGGGGCCAGUCCCUUCCACCAUGGGGAAUCUUGUAAAGCUGACGGCGCUCAACAUGUCUGGCAACCGGAUGGCAGGGAUUCUGCCUGCCACACUCGGCUCUCUUACCAAGCUCACGCUGCUGGAUUACGAUAGAAAUUUCCUGUCCUGCCCGACUGAUGGAAACUGCCUGGUGCCCCAGUAUCCCACCACCGCUUUUUGCAAAAGCUGCCCGACCUUCUGUGGGCCAUGCUAUGGGAAAGGAGCCUCGGGCGCUCUCUCGAGUUCGUACAGGUUAUUGGCGGCUGCAUUUGUGGUUAUAAUGAUCAUCCUUGCAGGGUGA